GCGGGUUGUGACCACAGUGUACCAGCCAGUGCGCGCGCACUCACGCACAGCGGAUCCCCGCAGUUACACCACGACUAUGGCUGGAAGCACAAUACGUGCGGGUCAACCCAUUGUGAAAUGAUGCUUUUUUUUGUUCAAAUGCGACGCCGGGUUCUGUUUUUCUGACGUAAACGAGACCCGAUCUUCCAGUCGGUUGGGAUACAUUUUCUGCGCAUCAUUUGGACGGGCGUCUCUAGGAUGGAGCACAUCAGAACACCAAAGGUGGAAAAUGUGCGCAUGAUAGACUGGCUGAACCCCAGGAGAUCCACACUGGGAAUGUUGUACCUCUCCUCUACUCACACUAUAUUUGUAGACAACUUGGAGGCACGCAAAGAGACCUGGGUUCUGCACAGUUUGGUGAGUAAUGUGGAGAGACUUCCGACAAACCCUUCAGGAAGUCCUCUCAUUAUCCGCUGUAAAAACUUCCAUGUCUACCGACUGCUAAUCCCACAGGAGAAGGACUGUUUAGAUGUGCUGGCCUCCCUCACUCAUCUAUCACGCCCAGAGCACUACGGAGAGCUGUUCUGCUUUUCCUUCAACCCUAACUUAGAUAAAGAGUUAAGGGAAAAGGCCUGGGGCUUCAUUGAUCUCAAGGCAGAAUUCAGUCGAAUGGGAAUACCCAGAAACCUCUGGCAUGUCACAGCAGCCAAUCACGAGUACAGAUUGUGUGACACUUACCCAUCCGAGCUGUAUGUGCCAAUGUCAGCCUCUCCUGCAGUCAUUGUGGGCAGUGCCAAGUUCCGGAGUCGAGGGCGCCUUCCCGUUCUCUCUUACUUCCACAGGGACACCAGUGCGUCUAUCUGUCGGAGCAGUCAGCCUCUUUCUGGUUUCAGCGCGCGUUCCUCAGACGACGAGCAGAUGCUACAGGCCCUUAUGAAGUCGAACCCUGUCAGCGAGUUCAUGUAUGUGGUGGACACGAGGCCAAAGCUUAAUGCAAUGGCAAAUCGUGCUGCUGGAAAGGGAUACGAGAACGAAGACCACUACACCAACAUAAAACUGCAGUUCAUUGGUAUAGAAAACAUCCACGUCAUGAGAAACAGCCAACAGAAGCUUAUAGACGUUGCCGAUCUUGUGUCUCCUUCCAUGAGUGAAUUCCUGUGGGGUCUGGAGAAUUCUGGAUGGUUAAAACACGUCAAAGCUAUACUAGAGUCUGGAGUCUUUAUUGCUAAGGCGGUGGCAGAAGAUGGAGUAAGUGUUCUGGUGCACUGUUCAGACGGCUGGGAUCGGACGGCUCAGGCUUGUUCAGUAGCUAGUGUACUACUAGACCCAUACUACAGAACCAUCAAAGGACUGAUGGUUCUAAUAGAGAAAGACUGGGUGUCGUUCGGACACAAAUUUUCCCACAGGUACGCUCACCUGGACGGUGACCCUAAGGAAGUUUCGCCGGUCAUGGAUCAGUUUCUGGAGUGUGUUUGGCAGCUGAUGCAGCAGUUCCCCUGCGCAUUCGAGUUCAAUGAACGAUUCCUUAUACAGCUGCACACGCACAUCUACUCCUGCCAGUACGGGAACUUCAUUGGCAAUUGCCAGAAAGAGAGGAAAGACUUGAAGAUACAGGACCGAACACACUCUCUGUGGCCUCACCUGUGGGAGAACAGGGCAGAAUACACAAACCCUCUGUAUAGGACAGACCACAGCCAAACACAGGGUGUUCUCAAGCCUCUCACCACCGCCUACUGCUUCAAGUUUUGGAAGGGGAUGUACAGCCGUGCUGAGAAAAGCGUGGCUUCACAGCAGUUUCCCGCCGAUUGCCUGAACGCAGUGAGGGACGAGUCACAGCAAUUGGAGGAGGAGCUUAGCAGCCACCAGGAGAGACUCGCUCAGCUGAAAAAGAAAACUUUGGGGGAGAGAAAGAACACCAACAGGCCGUCUGAACAAGUCCGCCGUCCAAUCCCAAACAAGGGUGAACUCGGCAGCCCUCUAGACUACUUCACCGACCCGAGAAGCGAGACACACCCUCCUUCCUUCACACUGCCACUGGUGUCACCGGCCCCGCCCAUGAGCGGCGACCCUGAUGACCUUUCAACCUACAGUGAUUUCGAGUCAGGUGUGGCUGACCUCAGCAGCCACUCCUCAAGUGCCGGAGAUGAGGCUAAGGAACCUGAUAGUGAUGAGGGGGUCAACGCAAACGCCUGAAAAACAAAACUGGUGGCAGGAAGGUGAAAAAAGCACAAUAACGGGUAUCUGGGAACUGCUGUGUUUUAAUUUUUUUUAUAGGUGUGUGAAUUUGUAUUUAAAUUUUUAUUUCCAUUGUAGUGUCUUUGGUUUUAUUUAACUUGCUGUGUAUAUUUCGACCAGUUUUCCCCUCAAGCCUUCAGUACUGACAGGUUUUGUUAUUCUCCGAAGCUACACUACUCAAACUAUUUCUGCAUCAUAUGGUAUAUACUGCGUGCAGCGUGCAAAUACACAACACAACACACAUGGAAUAUGUUAUCCCACAAUGCAUUGCUCUCAACUUCUGUUUCUAGCAACAAGUGAUCUGGAAGAAAUGUCAAUGCCCCAAUUUUAAACAACUUUUGACUGAACUGAUAAGAGUUAAACCAGUUUUUAAAGCAUUUUAACAAAUAGACAACAAACUGUUUUUAUUCCCCAAAUAACAAUAUUUGCUAAGUUUACUGAAUGUGACCACAGUGUGGCAUACUACAAUUUAUGGCGUUUAUUCACACACUUAAAAUAUAGUAUACAGUACACUAGUACUCCAUUUUGAACAUAGCCCAUGUCUUCCUAAAAAAGUUCCUGCCAAAACUAUGUUCCAGUCUGUGCUCUCCAUUUGUAUUUAAAGGAAGUCUUAUACGGAGUUGAAAUGGCACCUAUACUACAGUAUGUUUAAUUUCUGUAUAUCUGUAGAAUGUAGACAAUCAAGCCUUCACAACAUCCCUCUGUUUAAUGUUUCAAGUAUACCAGUAGAUUUUAAAAGUGAUUCGUCUGGAACAUAAACUUUCCAGGACAAAUACCCUCAAUAAAUUGUUUGCCGAGAAGCAAACUACAUGACGAACUCUGUAUGUCUAGUGUCAUUUUUAACA